AAACAGGAAAUGAUCCAGCUUCAUUACAGCCUGUUUAGCCAUCGGUCAGACUCUACAGAUUUCUCAUUUUUUGCAAAAUAAAUGUAAAAAAAAAAUGGAUACGAAAACAAAGGUACCACAGGCCGUGAAAGCUAAAGUGAUGCUAUGGACAGAUGUAAGCUACCAUGAAAUGGAGGAGAUAGGCAAAAUACAGUCCAUUCCUGAUCUGGAGAGUGCUUUAUGCAGUGUGUUUGGAGUCGUCCUCCCUGAACCAAAAAGAGGAGUUCUGCUGGAGAUGUAUGUACAAACUGUGCUUUUUUGCAGAAAGUGCAACUUUAAAAAGGAACAAAGCUCGGCUCUCUUGUCCAUCAUCAAGUCCAUCCAUGAGGUUAACAUUGAAAAUCCACUCAACAACAUAGAACAGUGUUUCAAAUACUGCAAGGAUCUACUUCUCUGUCACUCAGUCAGGCGCCCCCCCUUCAGUAUCAACCUGUUUAGCUCUGAGGAGGUGGAAUGUAUAUUUAAGUACAUCCAUAACAGCUAUCUGAGACACUACAAACUCUACAAAUAUAUUUUCACCCCACAGGUAAAACUUGAUUUAUCUCUGACUUACUCUGAGACCCAAGAUCAGGAUGAACCCACCAUGGAAGAUUCAUCUGCUCCAGACAUUGAAAAUGUGAUUGAAAAAGAAACAGAAGCAGCCCCCAAGACAGACAGCUCUCCUCAAAUACAAGAAGCAUCCAUCGAAGAACCAGAGGGAGCCACACUCGGUAUACAAUCAGAACUGAAGGCACUGAUCGAGAAAGAGGUCAGAGAGCAGAUGGUGCUUGUGUCUGGACAACUAGAUCAGCGAAUGAAAGACAUUGCAGAUCAGCACAACAGUGCACUAGAUUCACCAAUGCCCAACCACAAGGUCAAAAAAUAAUGGUGGAGAUAUGUUGAUUUCAAAUAAGUGAUCACAAAGAAUUUGACAAAUCAAGCUCAAACAUUAGUUUUAUUAUCAAUAAAACCUUGUU